ACGGACAAAUACAGUGACUGAUUUUGUAUUAACCGUAUGGUAUAUAAUUCAAAAUUUCACGUAUUUCAUAAAUAUGAUAUUUCUCUUGCAAUGCUUUAAGAAGUCGUGUGUUUUAAAUACAAUGUAAAUGGAUAUUCAAGGCUAGUAUAAUUGUCAAUGAAAAAAUUACAACAUGGCAGAGCAACAACAAUCACCUCCUGGUUUUAAACGUAUAUCUUUAGAUAAAAUUAUUGAAACUAUGACUGCCGAUUUAGAAAGUUCUAAUGGUCAUUACCUCCAGUUUGGUGUAAAUACACAACAAACUACAUCUCAUAAUUGGGGAGAUUAUUCUUCAAGCCAGGCAAGGCAUUAUAUUAGUAAUCAGUCUCCGCAUUCUAAUUCAUCUGCAAUGCAAUCAAUGACUCCAAUGAGUAAUCUGUACAUGCAAGAUAUGUCAAAUUAUGAUUCUACAACAGAAUCAAUUUAUUUUCCAUCUCAAACAGUAAAUCAUUUAGGUAUAAAUGAAAAUAAUGACUUAAUUGGUACAAUAGAUGUUGGAGGAGGCAAUUACAUUAAUGUAAUAUAUGGAAAUGCUUCUCAAAUCAUGGCAGAGCAAUGUCAGCUUUCAAACAUAACAUCGUACAGAAAUCAAAACAUAAUUGAUCGAGAAUAUGGUCUUUUUAAUGAUAGACACAUUACAGUACCAUCUGAUUUGCCAACACAGAACUUCAAUGGCAAACAGUUAAUUGAUAAUUUAGUUGGUAAUUGGGUACCAAAUCAGUCUGGUACAUACAGUCCCUUUGGUAUCUCUCCAAAUGUAACACCAUUACCACAAUCAGCUACGGAUGUCAGAGGACCCGAGGAAUUGCCUAGAAGUUCUACAGAUAUUCAACAUAAGAAGCCUCGUGCAAUAGCAGAAGUAAAACCUAUGCGACCAUCUUAUUCAGAUGUAUUAACAAAAUCUGCUCCUACUCCACCAUCUCCUUUAACAGUUCAAUCUAUGAAACCAAAACCUGAAUCUGUAAACAAAAAGAUUUCUAAUAAAAGCUCAAAAAAUAAAUCCAAAUCUGCAGUGUUAAAGAGACAAAAUUCGUCUGGAAGUGAUGACCAUUAUUCUCCAAAACUACAAGUACCACGAAAAGUUUUAGAGAAAAAUAAUUCAACCCUUCCAAGACGCUGGGUAUCAUUAGACAAUCUUGGUCUGCAAACUGAAUCUCAAGAAAUAAAUACAUUUGACAGAUCUAAUCAAUUCGAAAAGAAAAAGAUUUCUAAACCUUUUAAGAAACCAGAAAAGGGAGAGACACUUAAUAAUUCAAAAAUUCAAAAUAGUAAUCCUAAAUUGGUUGGAAAUAUUCCAAAACGACCUAUACAAAUAAAUAAUAAUUUGAACACAAUAAAUACUUCCAGUCAAACUGUUUCUCCUGAUAAAAUUGAAAAAAAUCAACAAGUUGUAAAUAAAACAUGUAAAGAAGAAAAGAAAAUUACUAAGGAAAAGAAUGUUAAACGUUUUCAAGCUGAAAAAGCACAGCAAAUUAAAAAAGCUCAAAGAAACCGCAGAAGAGAGAAUCGAGAAUCUCCAGUGAAAGAUUUAUGUAAAAAUUUAAAUAAGUAUGCCAGUCGUUGGUAUAAAAUUGGAUUAAAAAUAUUUUAUUGGUUACUACACUUAGUAUCUGAUGUAGUUAGUAUGAGUGCCAAUCUUAUUAUUCAACUUGGUAAAUGUGGAUGGUAUUAUACCAUACUGUAUUUAAAAUACUCAUGGGUCUAUUUAGCUAUGACAUUUUCAAAAAUUCGUAUAUUGAAUUCUAUUGGUAGACAAUUAGAUAAUUGGUUUGGAAAUAGUAAGUUUGCAUUUUGGCAUAAAAUAAAAGCUAAAAGCGAAGAGAAAGAAGAAAACAGUAACUGGAUACGUGGUAGUCUUGAAACAAAUAUUGCAUUACCUACUACUAGUGAAGAAGCUAUGAAAAGAUUAUUAGCUUGUAAAGGAAAGGAUCCGUAUAGUAUACUCGGGGUCACACCAACGUGUUCAGAUGAUGAUAUUAAAAAGUAUUACAAGAGACAAGCUUUCUUAGUUCAUCCUGACAAAAAUAAUCAGCCAGGUGCAGAGGAGGCAUUCAAAAUACUUGUACACGCGUUUGACAUAAUUGGCGAACCGGAACGCAGACAAGCAUUUGAUCAAACUAGACAAGUAGAAGCAGCUUGGGGUGAAUUAAGCGAUUUACUCUCUCAACUUCACAGAAAGAUGGAACAAGCAGCAAAUACAAUAAGGUGCACGAACUGUGGUUUGAGGCACAAAAGAAUUCCUACGCAACGUCCUUGUUACGCAGCGCGAUUUUGUGCUCAGUGUAAAAUACGUCACAGUGCAAAAGAAGGUGACAUUUGGGCAGAGUCUCGUUUAAUGGGUUUCCUUUGGCAUUAUUAUGCUUGCAUGGAAGGUGCAGUAUAUGAUGUCACAGAUUGGGCAGCUUGUCAAGCUGGUAAUUUAAAACAUCUAAGAGCAAAUACACAUAGCAUUCAGUAUAGAAUUGUUCUGGGCCAGCGACCACCAUCGCAAGCAGCCAACAGUGGUAAAAAGCGUCAACAAAUAGAUCCGAACACGAGUGAAGCAGAUUUCGAAGAUUUUUUAAAUAAUUUGUACAACCAUAGUAAAUCCGGAACUUCAAGCGCACCAGGAGAUCAAAACUCCUUUAGGGAUUGUAAGCGACGUAAAGCUAGACGUAAGAAGUAA